UCUACCCAUGGUCAGAGUACGUGAAAGUCAGUGCAGUUUUGCGAUACUGUGCAUACGAGGUCAUGGCACUUCAUGGCGUUCUUCACGCAGAAAUUCAGGCCCCUUAUAAUCUCAGAAUUACAUUCCAGCAAGAGAUCCAGGAUGCUACAACUGAGGCAGCUGAGCUAGUUAGAUGUUUAGGAAAUGAUAUACGCGAUACGCAGAAAAGUCUCAAAGCUCCUAUACUGAAAAAGGUGCACGCCACAGCUGAGCGUCUUCAACGAGCAAUAGAUAUGCAUUCGUAUCUCCUCAUUUCCACUUAUGAUCAGCCUCCUGAUAGACAACUGCCGAAGUUGUCCCACACUUUGUCUGCCAACUUGAGUGAUAUUUCAAACCAGAUGGCUGAGAUCGAUGUCAAGCUUCGCGACGAACAAAACUUGAACAUUCCGCCCUCCCAGCCAUUAGGAAGUUUUCCUCCAGCGCAAACAGAAUCUUAUCAUGAGAGUACGAGAAAACAUUCGAGAAGGCUCCAUUCUUGGCCUUCCAGAGAAGUUGAUGUCUUCGAAGAGGAGGGAGCUAAUAGUGCAGAUUUUGUUCCCAAAAUGCAGGCGCUGGAGAGCACUGCUCAUCUGUCACUUGCUACUUUCACCUCAUUACUUGUUGAGUUCGUUGCUCGACUUGAUCAUCUGGUCGAAGCAGUUGAUGGCCUCUCUAAGAUGGCAAAGUUCAAGAUUCAGACGGCAUAGAAAUGGAAGUAAUGUACAUGGGAAUACUGGAACAGUGGUU